GCUACAGCCCUCCCCACCCCGUCAAUGGGCGCAGUUAUAAACCCCGCUCCCGGCUACAAGCGCACAGUCCCGACCAGCUCAACACACCCGGCACAGCGCAGGCAACACAGCAACUCAGCGGGCGGUCAUUUACCUGCAGCGAUGAACAGCGGGAUCUGCGUGUGCGUGCUUCUGGCCGUGCUGUCCUCUGGCGGCCUGGCGCGGCCGGACGGCGGCACCGAGAGGGACGGGGAGCGGCCGCACGGACCCCUGCACCAGCGGCCCCUGAGAGAAGCACCUUACUACGGCCACCUGAAGCCCAAGCUGAACAGCGAGCAGGGACCCGGCCUAGUGGCCUUGCUGACCACCUACCUGCACAAAGACAGCACUGGAUCGCGGGCUGGGACAGUCCGCAGCGUGGAUGCCUCCCACAGGAUCACCAACAGGGACUACAUGGGGUGGAUGGACUUCGGGCGGCGCGGCGCGGAGGAUUACGAUUACCCCUCAUAAGAGGCAGCCGCCAUCCAUCACUCAUCCCCGGCCCUGUACAGAAGCUUCAGCCCGUCUGCUCAAAGCUCUCCUUCCGCACACCCUUCACUGUUGUACCUGACUGUGCAGUCGUGCAUCUGUUUGUAAUAGUGUAAGAUGUAACACGCACACACGAGAACCACACGCACACGCACACACGUCACGGAAAGACAAACACAGACACACAUCCACAUGCACCACACGCGCCACAUGUGAACACACAACACACACACUUACAUAGACACACCUGCACACACGCACAUAGAGACAUAUGCCCUCUCAUGCAGAUACACACACUCACACACACUCUCUCACUCAUACACUCUCACACACACUCACACACUCUCUCAC